AUGCAGCGACAGGACAGCGGCGAUGGCGAUGCCACACAGCGUGCGGUGACCCAGCGGGCUCUGCCAGCCCACCAAGCGUAUCUACAGGACCACCUACAGCGCAUGCACAACGAGAUCGAGUCGACCACGCGAAAGCUUGAGCUGGAGAAGCGGCGAUUGAACAAGCUAGACGAGGACGCCCAGCGGAUGCGGGCAGAGUGUCAGGAGAAGACCAUGAAGACGCAGAAGGAGCCCGCGCAGGACAAGACGCCCAAAGGCCAGAAAGAGUCUUGGCAGGGCUUGCCCUUGAAGAAGUUGGAGAACAAGCUGGCCAAAGCCAUCGACCAACUGAACCUCUUGGGCCACGAAAACAUGGAGUGCCGGAAUCGAGUCGACACGGUUCGCCGCGAAAGGCUUCAGCUCAUUCAGGUCUUCAAGAAGCUCCAGCAGGACAUCAAGGACAACAUGAGCAUGGUUUCGCAGAUUCACCGCGAGAACGACGCGGCGCGCCGGGACCAGGAGGAGCGCGCACACAAGAUGGCGGCCUUGAAGAAGCAGGUCGAAGAGGAGCGAAAGGUCUUCAAGCAGAAGGUCCAAGAGCUCCAGGUGAAGUACAAGCAGAAGGAGCGUGAGGAGCUAACCCAGCGUGUGCAGAUGGUCAAGGACUCCGACAAGAAGGAGGAUGGAGACGGCAAGGGAAGCAAGACCAAAAGCCUCAAGAUGGCAGCCGCUUCCAAAAGCUAUGUGGACGAGGAGCUGGCGAAGCUCAGUCGCAUGUUGCAAGCAGACCUGGCUGAGGUCAAGGCCCAAAUCAGGAACCUGCAGCUCAAGGUUUCCAACAACAACCGGGGAAACAACAACCUGGGCAGCAACAACGUGGGCCCCCUGGUCUCAGUUGCGUUUGAGGACGGCAACUCGAAGAAUGGAUCCGAGGUGGAGGUUGAGCCGGACGGGAGCAUGGAGAUUCACGUGCUCGCAUCUGAGCCAAAACCGCCAAAACCGGAACAAAAACCUGGCCACGAAGCAGGAGCCGAAAAAGACUUGCAGCAGGAGUUGAUCUGCUUUGACCGAAAAAGUGCCUGGUCAAUUCCCUUGGUCAUCUCUGGGAGCAACCUGUCUGAGAGUGUCUUUGCCUGCGUGCUCCUCUUUGUGAAUGUCGCCAUGCAGAGUCUCUUCACGCUCAUUAUCGCAUCCCCUGAGUUCCUGGGCACCGACUUCGCGGCCAACCUCAAGGCCGCGCGUGUGUGGCGCGCAAGCUUUGCUCAUGACGUCGAGUACGUCGACCUUUCAAGCAGAAGCUUGGCGACCAGGGUGUGCGACGAGGAUGGAUCCUUGAUCUACUCCACUGCACAAGCUACAUUGGUCAGCCAAAUCAACAGCUAUCUCGGUCUUGGAAAACUCGGUCCCGAGGGAUUUGCCGUGACAUCUUUUCAACCUGGGGUGCUGUUGGCAGUGCUCUGCAUUCUCCUGUGGAUCAUCUGCAUCGUUCGGGAGUUGCGGAGUGUCUGGUAUGUCCUACAGGCGGUCUUCUUCGGCCACGUGGGCCCCGCGCGGGCAAGCGGCAAAGCGCCAGCCCACGAAGCCCACGAAGCCCAGCGCCAAGCCGUGUCGGGACGGCUGGCCGCGGCCAUGGCCUCCGUGUGCCUGGGCCGGGCCACAGUGGCUUGUGCACUCUUGGUAUCAGGAACCUUGUGGCUGUCGCGCACCACCUCCAUCACUGAGCUGAUGCUCAACUCCGUCGCGCUUGAGGCCGUGCUGCACGUGGAUGAGUUCAUCUUCUCCGCCUUUGUGCCCACACAGCUCCAGCAGGAAAUCCAAAGGUUGCCUCCCGUCAUGAUGAGGAAGAGCAGUCGAUGGCCUCGCGUGGAGAACCUGGUUCUUGCCUGCGUCCUUCUUGCCGGACUUCUCCUGCCAUACUUCAUGCUCUUGUCACCCCUCAGAGAUGACAUGCUCGCGGUGAAGACGCAGUUGUGUGGAGGAGAACUCACCUUUGCCGUUGGCAUGAACCGUCUCAUCGUCGCCAUGUCGCCGACCGAACCGGCCGCCGGCGACUCUGACUUGGAAGCCAACCAGACGUACGUGCAAGACGUGGCCAUGGCGUACGCCUUUCCCAAAAACCAGUCCUGGGUCUCUUCCAAUCCCCUUGUGGCUCCUUUCUAUUAUGGGCACAUCAGCGUCCUUCAGGGGUGGAUGCCUCUCAAUUAUGACGAGUGGCUGUACGGCUUCGACCAGUGCUUCAGACAUCCAUUCUUGGAUCAGUCGCCCUUCAUCGCCGCGGCAGCUUUUGAAGUCGGCCAACCAGCUUCGCAGAGCUGCCAGGAGCUAAAAUCCUACUGCAACGAGGAAGCAAGCUUCUUGCAGUACGUGAGUUCUGCCGCAAGGUGGUUGCGAGUCGCUUGCCCGGAUGAAUGCGGAUGCACGGACCCCCUCUCAUCUCCGCUCUUGAAGCCCCCCGCGCACGGGUGCCGCGAUGCCUGCAUUCAAGAAGCCUACGGAUUCAGCCUGUCCACGACAAGUCCCCUCUUUGGCAACGUGCCAAAUUUCACCGUGGGAUGCAAGGAUGCACCUCCAGGGCCUGGCUGGCGACACUUCUGGGACAACUACAUCACCUACAUCUCCCAUGAGACUGGCAUUCACUACGCUCAAUUCCAGGCGCUCGUGGACUUUGUCGCCUUUGCCCGAAAUGCGGGCUGCAUCGCCUUGCAGGGGAUGCCCAUGGACAUGAACGGCAACGAGUGGUGCCGGGGCGGCAAUAGAUACCGGCCCCUGGCAUGGUUUUGCCCAGAGACCUGUGGGUGCGCCAGAUCAGGAAACGCUGAAAGGGAUCACUUCUGCUAUGCCUACGACCAUUGCCCAGUGCACGUCUUGCCGAAUGAGACAGACGCCUUCUGGUCGGUGGCGCGGAAGUAUGACUUGCUGAAGCCUUUGGUGAAUCCAAAGCUCGUGUCUGUAGACAUGCUCGUUGGUCCACGUGCCAUCCUUUGCGUGUAUUCUUCCGCCGCGAGCCAAUGGGCCACAGAUCAGUGCCGAAGAAAUUCAGCCGAUGAGGAGGAGAACUUCAACUCCACGCUGGUCAUGCGGAGGAUCCUGAAGCUGGCGUUCUUAAAUGCCAUCCAGAGGAGGCAUAUCCGGCAGCAUCAGAAGAAUAUCGAGGUCUUCGAGCAGGCCUUUGCCACCAUCAAGUCGACCACGGGCAUCUCUGAUAUUGAGGAGAUUGUCAAGAUCUUCGUGGCGCUGGAGCAGCGAAACUUCAGCCUGCUCACCUAUGUGAAUGCUUUGAACCGCGAGAUCGAGACGCUGGACAAGCAGAACCGCCAGCUGAAGGACCAGCUGGCGAACCAGCAGGAGCUCGAAGCGGAGAGUGACAAGAAGCGUGUGCUGGCUCUGACGGACCUCAACGCCCAGAUUGAAAGCACAGGUGCGGCUACGGAGGACAACAAGCUGCAGGCGGCCCAGCAGUCAGAGAUCAUCGAUCGAUGCAGGCCGGUCAUCCAUGCCAUCCUCAAGACGGUUGAGAGGGAGAACCGUGGCUUCGGCGGCCAGGCGGCGCCUGAGUUCGGCAGCACGGGCGAGAACCUGUUCGGCUGGCUCACCUAUGUGGAGAAGACCCUGACGCAGUGGAAGGACUUCUUGCCCGAUGCCAAGGAUGCCCGCCACUUCCGCACCCCUACGAAGAACUACAAGUACACCGUGGGCAACCAGGUUUUGGCCUUGCAGCCAAAGAAGCCCAACACACAGCCGGUGUCCCUUGUGCGGCCCUCCGAGCUGCCAUCGGCGGCCAACGCCUUCGUCGAGCAGGGCCCGAACCAACGGGCUGCGCUGGCGGGCCGCGAGGAGGACUCCAGCGACGACGAGGAAGACCUGAUGACGCACCCGUGGUCCAGGCAAGAGCUGCGCGACAAGGCCAACGCUUCCGUGGCAAAGCGCCGCCGUCACCGCCGCACCGAGGGCACGGGGGCGGCUGGAGGCCAGCAGUCGGGCGGAGCAGAGCAGCAGCGGCAGGGCGACGAUGCCGCUCCCGCCUCAGCCACUGGUACCAGCGAAGUGGCGCCCGGCGAGCUCAACUACGAGGAAAUCGUGGAGAAGCCUGGCAAGGAUGGAGACGAAGAGUCUGCGGGCUCGGACGACUCGGAGCUGGAUGACGACAUUGGUCCCACCGACGAAGAAAUCAACGAGAUCUUCCUGAAACGAUACAAGAUGUCCAAGGAGGAGCUCCAGGGAAUGGCUGACAAGAUGGGCAUUCAGCUCAACAACCUCUGCUACCUGAAGCAGGAGUUCGAUGCUUACGACGAAGACCGCAGCGGCUACAUCGACGUAAAGGAGCUGAAAGGGCUCCUGGAAAAGCUGGGCGAGGAGUUGAGCGAUGAGGAGUUGGACCAGGCUUUUCGCGAGCUUGACAGUGACGGCAGCGGCGAGAUCGAGUUCUUCGAGUUCGUGGAGUGGUUCACCUCUGAGGAUUGA